AUAUGCUUACUUCCUUUCCUUUUCUUUUGGUCGCUUUUCUUAUGAAUUGAAUAUGUUUUCUUCUUUUUCUUAAUGGUUAAAUAAUAUUCUUAACAACCAAACAACGUUUUUGUACAGAGCCAGUGGAUAAUAGUAACACAAAAGAGGGGAAACAAAACACAUAUUAAUGAAGCAAAAGAGUUGCAUAUGAUUUUUCUAAAAUUUUGGAAGCUAUAGGUUCUCGAGUAGUGGGUGAAACCAGCGAUUCAUCAACUUACAAUGGAGAUUGAGUACCCAAGAUAUGACACCCUUUUAUUUGAUCUUGAUGAUACCCUUUAUCCAUUGAGCUCUGGGAUUGCUAAAGAAUGUGGACAGAACAUCAAAGAUUACAUGGUGGAGAAGCUUCGAAUUGACAAGAGUAAGAUCUUGGAGUUGUCUAAUUCACUAUACAAGAAUUAUGGAACUACCAUGGCCGGUCUCCGAGCCAUCGGUUAUGACUUCGACUACGACGACUAUCACAAUUUCGUACAUGGGAGAUUACCUUACGAGAACAUCAAGCCAGAUUCGAUUUUAAGAAGUCUAUUACUUAGCCUGCCUCUUCGCAAGAUCAUCUUCACGAACGCAGAUAAGUUACACGCAGCUAGAGCCUUAGAGAGGCUAGGAUUAGAGGACUGUUUCGAAGGAAUCAUCUGCUUUGAAUCAUUAAAUUCUACUAAUCGCGACAACAUUAAUGAUAAUGAUGAGAUCUUCGACAUAAUCAGAUACUUAUCCGACCAUGAAAAUCCAGUUUCCGGUUUGCCUAAGACACCUAUUGUCUGCAAACCAUCUGAAACCGCCAUCUUAAAGGCUCUUGAAAUCGCCAAUAUUGACCCUCAAAGAACCCUGUUCUUCGAUGACAGUGUUCGAAACAUUCAGGCCGGUAAACGCAUUGGUCUGAACACCGUUCUGGUGGGGACUUCACAGAGAGUGAAAUUUGCAGAUUAUGCGGUAGAGAACAUUCAUAACCUGAAGGAGGCUUUGCCGGAGCUCUGGGAUUCGGAGGCUAAGCCUGAAAAUGUUAGGUAUUCCGGCAAGAUUUCCGUGGAAACUCCGGUGAUAGCGUAAUUAGCCUUCCUUGGUUAGUUGGAAGAUUCCGGCAGAGAAUUGAUGAUUGUUUAAGAAACUCUGCUUUGUAAUUUCUGAAUACUUUCCCUGAGUUAAUUAAUAAAUAAUCUCCUUUGCA